CAGCGCGCAGCAAGCAUGUUCAGUGGAGAGUCAAUGGAAGGAGCCCCCAGAUGACGGACGCAGACGUCUGGGAAUGACAGCCGCUGUCACGGGGAGUGAUAGCUUUCGCUCUCUGCCGCAGCACCUUGACUAGCCUUGACUAGCCCCGGAGAGACGCGCUCUAUCAGUCGCACGCCAAAGAAGUGACACGGAGCCAGUCAGAACUAUGCCAGAGAUGGAGAAAGGGAGACCGCCGGAAAAUAAACGCAGUAGGAAACCCGCGCACCCGGUCAAGAGAGAGAUCAACCAAGAGAUGAAGGUGAGGGGAAAUGUGUUUUUUUGGCUACUUUUUGUGCAGUGUUUGGUUUGUGAAUAGUCUCAAGGGCAGAUUGAGACUAUUGAGACAGUGAGAGAGCUCCGUGCGCACAAAUCACACAGUUGUAGAGGCAUCCACAGACGCCAUGCAAAAUUCGAUUUGUUCCCAUUGAAACAAUUAAAGUUGCUUAUAAUUUAAUGCCAUUAUAUUAUGGAAUUCUUCCGAAAUAAAAGUGAUAAAACAAUUGUGUAACAUAACAUUAGUCCCAUAUGGUGAAAUUAGACAGCUAUAUUAUAUUACCUGGCCUUUCCAUAAUAAACCGACUGUCUGGAAAUUUACUUUUGCGGGGGAAUGAAAAAGUGUCACUCUUAUGUUAUCCAAUAUUUGAUGUCGUGUCCACUGAAUGGUAGGUAGCCCUUCUGUAGUGACGCCAUGUCAGUCCAUCUGUGGCCUCGCGCAGCAAUGUCCAGCGGUGUUCCAGAUGUGAGUCACCACCAAUCCGCAGGAACACAUCACUUCUUUCCCGCUUCGGCUGUGCACGCACUUGUUGUAGUAGGCUAGUCUACAGGUUUACAACAAUGUAACAUUAUAAAAAGAAAGGCAUUCGAACGAACAUACCUAGUCACAUCACUUGAUAAUAUCUGCUAGGGCAGAGGAUCAGUAAGGCCGAUCCUAAACAGGUAACUGCAGUAAGUGUGCCCUUGGAAAGUGACUCAGAAUCAGUUUCAUGGAAACUAUGUCUACUGUUUGAUUUGGUGAUUCCAAUUCAAAACAAAAUGGGAUAUGAUGCUAUUGGUUUGAGUCCUACUGCUAGAGUGCAAGCCCUGUAGUAGGCUAGGCUAAAAGCCCACAGUUUGUCUGCCUGCAGUUUUAUGAGUUCUGACAUGGGCCACUGGGCACAGAUGUCAGAUCAAAGUGUAGUUUUGAUUUACAUUUGGUUGAGUUGUCUACACAUGUGAAUUCAACAUUAAAUAACAUUUUAAAAAUGGGCUUGUUUUGUGAGAGGAAAUGUGCUCUUUUUGCAUAAGUGGUUUGCAUUGUAGCUUUUGAUAUCCAGGGAGUGGUGUAGAAUUACAACUGAACUCAUUUGAAUGAAAACAUGCUAAAUGCUAUCUGUGCUUGAUGUAAGUCAGCCCAGCCUGGCUCUUAGCUGGAUCUGGGGGAAGGCCCUAGGUUGUUGCCUUUGGCCAGGGCUCUUUCUGUGGUUUGGGAUUUGGCUUGUCACUCUCACAAAGCAGAUGUUUGUCUGAACUGCCAAUAAGAAACAAAAACAACAUUGUGGGAAGUGAAGCACAGGGAGGGGAAAGAAAAAACGCCCGUCUCUCCCUAAUGAGAAAAUAGUGAGACAAAACAACACUGAAUUCAAUGUAAUAUAGGAGGACGUACCCUGAUGUAAUCGUUGAUGUAGACUAGGCUAGUCCCACGGGAUGCAGACUACUACUUUGUGAUUCUCAGACCUACAGGGAGCCACGUGGAUCUACAAAACAGGCCUUGGGUGACCGCGAUAAUGAACUGGGGCAGUUGGGCUUGAAGGUCAAUGGUAUAAGAGUGGAGUUAUGAAAUAGAGAAGGGGAGAGAAAGAAAGACAGACACACACACACACACACACACACACACAGUCAGAGAGACAGACAGAAACAGACAGACAGACAGACAGACACAGUCACAGUCAGAGAGAGAGACAGACAGAUAGAAACAGGCAGACAGACAAAAUAGAACUCUCAGACAGAUCAGAGAGAGACAGACAGACAGACAGACAGACACACACACACACACACACACACACACACACACACACACACAUACACACAUACACACAGUCAGAGAGACAACAGACAGACAGAAACAGGCAAACAGACAGACAGAAUCAGAGAGACAGACAGUCAGACAGACAGACAGACAGACACAUAGAAAGUGAUUUCAAGGUCUGUCUGUCUGUCUGCGGGCUGCUCCGGUCCAGUCCAGUGUUGUCUUAGCUAAGGGAUCUAUUUCAACACCACAGUCAAACCCACUCCCUCCAUGCCAGACCGUAGCACAGCGCGGACACCAGAUACCUGACUUUAUUCAUCGUUAGGCAUAUUUAGCUGGAUAUGAUACCUCUACGUACACACACACACACACAAACACACACACCUGGACACACACACACUAUUUAUUUUCUUUCAGGCCCUGUCAGAGUGAGGAAAGCAGAGGGAAGAAUGUGCAGUCAGUAGUACAGCCCUAGUGCAACACUACAACAGGCAGACUGUCCACGCUGGAAAAGGCUGAAACCCAAGAGGGAGUGCAGUGUCAGGUAACAGGGCUGGAAGGUGCCUGGGUGGAGGGGGCAAGGGGAGGGCAGGGGAGGGGAGGGGAGGGAGGGGAGGGAGGGGACACACAAAGAGGGACUGCGGAGUGUUGGACACUUGGGAGAGGAGCGGGGCAUUUCCGAGAACCGUGGGACCUAGCGGCGGUUUAGGGUGUCCCGCUCGGAUUUCUGGCCGUUCCAGAUCAGAUUUCUGCUCCAAUCACACUCGCCCCAAAGCCACAGAGGAGAAGAGGCGGAUGAAGAGAGAGCGAGACGUUGGUGUUGUUUUCUUUUAUAUGUUCGGAAUUUGAAAAAAGCCAGGAUGUUCACUUCACAACCCAUCUGCUGAGAACACUUCUUCUUUAUUUUCUCUGUCUUCUUUUCCCCAAUUAAAAGAGCUAAACAAAGAAUGAUUCAUGUAUUUUACACUGGUAUUAGGUUGGAAAACUUUUCAGUCUCCAAUUUAGCAAGAGUAAACAAACUGCAAUACAUCAUGGAAAAAUAGUCAUACUGUACUCUUCUGGGUCACCCUGUUCAUUUCACCCAGGCAGGGCUGGUCUGGAAGUCUAAAGAAUCAGCACAUUGAUUCGGGAGUGGAAGCUCUGGUUACAUUUAAAGAGUGGGAUAAAAAGUUCCACUAACAAACCUCGGAUGUAAGGUCACUCACAACUGAACUUCACAUUGGCUUAGCAUUAGCAAGCAGUGGCUCGGUUGUCCCGUCUCUCGCCAUGCCCUCUGAAUGACAUAACCUAUAAUGUUGCUCAGUGAUUUAUUUUCCAUUUCUCCUUUUAGACGUUUGCAGAGAGCACCAUGAAUGAGCUCCUAGGAUGGUACGGCUAUGACAAGGUGGAGCUCAGGGACUCCGAGGCCACCGAGAUACGGAACUACCCCAACCGAGAGAGACGCCAGCAGCACGUCUCAGUCCUUAAAGGUGAGAGAAGGCCAGGGCCCUGUUCAGUAGGUCACACCGUAGUAAAACGUUUUGCAAUGGAGAGUGGAAAUCUGUGUUUUAAUUGGACAAGUUCAGGUAGUACCUCCCUUUUCAAAAUGAUUCCUGCCUACUGAACACGUCCCAAGGUAAUUAGUUCAGGUAGUAUCCUUGUUUCACUCCCUUUCUAAACGUUUACUGCCUUCUGAACAUUUACUGCCUGCUGGGCAUCUGUACAACACAGGUAACAUACUUAACAGAGGUCAGACGGAAUUCACAGGUAACCCAAUAACAGAACAUACAGGUUGUUCAAUCCAGAAAUAUUAUCAAUUUAAACAUUUGCUAGGCAAUUUAAUUCACCCUUCUUAUGUUUCACUUAUUAACAUUACAGUAAACCUGUAUGGAUGGAGUAUUCUCUUUCUACAAUGUUCAGUGCCAUUGUUUUCUGUCAAUGCCCUUUAGGCUGAAUGUCUAUAAAUGAUGUGUGUGGAGUGGAAUUGGUGCCAAGAGAAACUCAAACUGACUGAAUUCAGAUUCCAUUUUUGUUGGCACUUACAUUACUUUAUAUGUAUGUUAGAACAUACAUUCACUCUAAAGUGACCCUAGACAUCCUGUGCCUUCCAGAAAACUCGGUGCCCAAAUCCAAGAGCUUAGACAGCAAAGUCAGCCCCUCGGCACUGGCCAUGAGGAGUGGAGAGAGCGAAUCGUCCAGUGUCCCCUCUUCUUCCUCCCCCAGCUCCUCCUCUCUGACCAGCUCUAUGGAGCACAAGAGUGCCCCCGUAAUUGUCCCACUUAUAAAGCCAUCGGCAGGUAGGGACAGGCCUGAACAAAUCUCUCUCUUUCUCUCUCUCUCUCUCUUUCUCUCUCUCUCUCUCUCUCUCUCUCUCUCUCUCUCUCUCUCCUCUCUCUCUCUGUCUCUCUCUCCUCUCUCUCUCUCGCUCUCUGUCUCUCUGUGCUAUCUAUCUCUCUCUGUUCUCUCUCUCUCUCUCUCUCGUCUCUCUCUCUCUCUCUCUCACUCUGUCCUCUCUCUGUCACUGUCUGUCCGUCUCUCUCUCUCUCUCUCUCUCUCGCUCUCUCGCGCACGCACGCACGCACACACACACACAUACACACACAUCUACUAAGCAUAUGCAAACACACACCCUUUGUGUGACCAACUGGGUUAGAACCCAGAUCUCCUGCAUGUCACAAAAGCGUUUUAGCCUGCUGAGCUAAAGUCUAGACAUGAUUCAUGAAGCUAACGCAAGUCUUCAGGUCUCAGACAAGGUUCCUCAUCACACAGGUGUGGUUCACCAAACCACCCCUGUUACACUCACACCCCAUCAUCAUCAUCAUCAUCAUCAUCAUCAUCAUCGUCAUCAUCAAUACCAUAUGUAACCUACAGUUCUUUGAUACAGCUGUUGAUUCAACACUCACAUGCUCCUUAGAUGCUCAUCUUCAUCAUCAAACACACUUCACAUGUUGAUGUUGAUUCCUCUCCCCUUUGUCUCUGUCCGCAGUGGAAGACGUGCAGAAUGUGCAGAUAGUGUGUGUGUGGUGUCAGAAGGAGGGGGUGAAGCGCUACUCCCUCUGUAUGGGCACUGAGCUGAAGAGCUUCUGUAGUGAGAAGUGCUUCGCUGCCUGCCGACGGGCCUACUUCAAACGCAACAAGGUGAGGGAUUCAACUGUGGUUCAACCUUGUUUCAACUAGGAAUCAAUGGGACAAUUUUAGGUCAGACAAAACUGACUUGUCAACUGCUGCAGUUCAGAUGGAGAAAAUGACACAUAGACGCAUGCAUGUACGCAUGCACGCAAACACACACACACUUAAACGGUGAGAAGAGACGUCUGGCAGGUAAACAGAACCUUGGAAAUGGAAUACCCCUGUUCUCCUCAGUGAGGUCAGCAUGCCAUUUGUAUUGAUAAAAAAAACAUGAAUUUAAAAAGGUGUGUGUUUCUGUGUGUGACGGGGUGUUCUCCAAGCACACACACAAACACACACACACACACACACACACAUGCAGUGUUUUGAGAGUGGGAAGCGGUCAAAGUUUGCAGAGGACACUUAGUAUCAGUUACGGCUUAAUGGAGGAAGGGCCAGUCAUCAUGCGGCUUGGGUCCGGAGGACAGGGAAGCAGUGCCUAUACACAAUUCCUCUCCCAUACACAUUACCACAAUUUUUCACCCUCCAUCUAAGACAUGGAUACCUUCUCUUAGAUGCGUGGGGGUGUCAGGCAAGGCUAUCCCCUUUCACCAUUCCUGUUGUUUUGCCGCGCUAGGUUUUAUUCACAUGACAACAGACAGGGGGGGAAAGAGGGAGUCGUCUGCUGCCUACCUGCCUGGCUGCAACAAACCCUCUAGUUAUUUGGGUGGUGGAAGUGGGGAUGGAACUGUGGCCGUUGGCUUGUCCCUGCUUGUCUCUGCUUGUCCCUGGGAGGAAGAAGGGCAGAGGGCCUGGGGGCGAGGUGUCCACUUUCAGUGCAUACCUUACCUGCAGCUGCUUCAUGUUUCGUAACUCGACACGACUCAAUGGGUCACAAAGAAGGGACCCUUGAGAAUAAUAUGAGGGUUCAGGUUUGUCAUCUACUUUAUCUCACCAAAACGUUCCAAAAUGUUACCAAAACGUUCCCUUUGUUUCAGUGACCUCAAAGCCCAUAGGUCAAUGUACUCUGUUACUUUGAACCCGUAUGACAAGGCAAAUUGUGCAGUGGUUAUUUUGGGAUUGGUUAUGUAAGUUUGUUUUAAUGACCAACCAUGGGAGCCAUGAUGAUUUAAAGCAACUGUUACUUCAUCAACGCUUGAUGCUUCAAUCCCAUAGCGGUACUACUGAAUCUAGGCUCUACUCUGAAACAGCUUUAACACAAUCCGGGGUCCUGUUCAUUAGGGCACACAAUGUUUUCAAACGUUUUGCAACAGAGAUCGAAAAUGUAUGUUUCUUAUUGGACAAAUCCAGGUAGUCCCUCACUUUUUUUUUUUUCUUCGUUUGGUGCCUAAUGAACAUUACCCAGCUCUUGAUAGUUUGUUUUAAGUGUAUAAUGAUGCGGCUUUGCCCCCCUCCGUCAGGCCCGGGAUGAGGACCUCCAUAGCGGGGAGAGGUCCCCCCAACACACCCAUGCCGACGACUCACCCCAACUGGUGCUGAAGAUGAACAGUGGUGGUGCCAGAGUAAGAACAGAACACAAUCCACUUCAUAGAAAUAUAAUAUAUUUUUAAAAUAGCUUAGCUCAAAGACUAGUAAUGUUGUCUUUGAGAGAUGCACAGCUACUUCAAAACAUGUAGGACACAUAUUAAGGGGAAGUUUCCAGGACACAGAUUAAGGGGCAGUUUCCAGGACACAGAUUAAGGGGCAGUUUCUAGGACACAGAUUAAGGGGGCAGUUUCCAGGACACAGAUUAAGGGGCAGUUUCCAGGACACAGAUUAAGGGGCAAUUUCUAGGACACCGAUUAAGGGGCAGUUUCCAGGACACAGAUUAAGAGGCAGUUUCCAGGACACAGAUUAAGGGGAAGUUUCCAGGACACAGAUUAAGGGGCAGUUUCAAGGACACAGAUUAAGGAGCAGUUUCUAGGACACAGAUUAAGGGGCAGUUUCCAGGACACAUAUUAAGAGGCAGUUUCUAGGACACAGAUUAAGGGGCAGUUUCCAGGACACAGAUUAAGGAGCAGUUUCUAGGACACAGAUUAAGGGGCAGUUUCCAGGACACAUAUUAAGAGGCAGUUUCUAGGACACAGAUUAAGGGGGCAGUUUCCAGGACACAGAUUAAGGGGCAGUUUCCAGGACACAGAUUAAGGGGCAAUUUCUAGGACACCGAUUAAGGGGCAGUUUCCAGGACACAGAUUAAGAGGCAGUUUCCAGGACACAGAUUAAGGGGAAGUUUCCAGGACACAGAUUAAGGGGCAGUUUCAAGGACACAGAUUAAGGAGCAGUUUCUAGGACACAGAUUAAGGGGCAGUUUCCAGGACACAUAUUAAGAGGCAGUUUCUAGGACACAGAUUAAGGGGCAGUUUCCAGGACACAGAUUAAGGGGCAGUUUCCAGGACACAUAUUAAGAGGCAGUUUCUAGGACACAGAUUAAGGGGCAGUUUCCAGGACACAGAUUAAGGGGCAGUUUCUAGGACACCGAAUAAGGAGCAGUUUCCAGGACACAGAUUAAGAUUAGUCCUAGACUAAAACUAAUUAUUGAUGGAGAUUCUCCAUUGAGUUUGCUUUUUAGUCUACUACUAGGCUUAAAUCUGUCAGGGAAACCACCCUUUAAAGUGAUAGUUCAGCGAUGUUACAUACGGUAUUUCAAUAUUUGCUUCCUUACCUUUGCCAACAAUUAGCAACAUUAGCCAUGUAAUUUAAUGUCUCCUGUAUAGCAUGUAUUACAUUUCAUGCCCAAAUCAUCUCAAAAUAACACAAUCAAUUUCAUAUGAUUUGGUCAUGACAUUUAACACAUGCUGAACAGGGGGAGAUUGAUUUACAUGGGGAAUUUGUCCAAAAAUGCUAAUGUUGCUAAUUGUUGGACGUUAACAGAUUAACAAAAUCAGUGUGGAUUGCAGUCACUCCUUGGCCACUUCUUUCAAGGUAAAAAAUUAAAUAUCUACAUUUGUAAAAUCGCUGAACUAUGCCUUUACGAGCUUUAUGAAUAAAGCAGCUUUGCACAAUACUGUUAUAUAGAAUAUUCCAUAUUUUAUGUUACCAUCUCUACUACAUUUACACACCAGUGAUUUGCUUUUCACAUGGCACUUAAGUAACUCUUCACAGUCUCUCUCGCCUGUACCACAGGUGUGCAACUGGUGCAAGCACGUCCGCCACACUAAAGAGUACCUGGACUUUGGCGCCGGUGAGGAGCGGCUCCAGUUUUGCAGCACCAAGUGUCUGAACCAGUACAAGAUGGACGUGUUCUACAGAGAGGCCAGGGCCACUCUCACCAGCUCCAGCCCAGGAAGACCCACCCAGGAGGGGAGACCUGAGUCCACCGGAGGGGUCCAGAACCAGAAGCUCCUGACCCCUGAAUCGUGGAGCAGCGGUGCUGGGGAAAUGAGAUGGAGGACCAGGUCUCCCAAAGGGCAGACGCCGAUCAAUGGUACGGCGGCGCCAAGGACUGUGUCUCCUUCCGAGGAGUCAUCCUCGUCAUUGAAGGUUAACGUUUCGGGACUGAGGCAUCUGGAGAGGCACAUCCUGCCGCCACCCCCGCCACCCCCGCCCCCCCUGGAGGUAGCGAGACACCAUCCCGCCACCCCCCCUCCUCGCCACCCCAUGGAGCACCACCAGCACCACCAGGCCAUGCCUCAGAUCCUGCUGCCCUUCAUCCGGCCCCCUCUCCAUGCCCAGGGCCUGAAGAGCCCCCUGGCCAACCCCCCCAGGGGCCACCCCGGCCCCCCUUCCAGCCCCAUCCACCAACCGCCCCCUCACUCCCCCCAUCACCCCCACCAACCCCACCUCCAGCCCCCCUCGGCCUCCUCCAUGAACCCACCCGGAAUACACCCCUACCCGGGGGCCUACUUCCCCGGCUUGCACUCCCCCCAUAUCAACAUGAUGGGGCACCGUGGACCCAUGCCCAUGCCCCCAAUGAUAAACUUCGGGGGAUGGCCAUCCUUAGGCCCUUUCUUCUCCCAGCCCACGGUCCUGGUGCCCUACCCCAUCAUUGUACCAAUCCCAGUCCCCAUCCCCAUCCCUAUCCCCAUACCCAUACCCCCUAAAUCUGACCCUCCAGAAGCCCUAGGGGUCCCCCACAGUGGGGUCAUCCAGCCUGUGCCAGAGGGGAUAGAGAGGGGGCGCUCCAGGGGUGUCAAUUUGCCUUCUCCCGGGAGCUUGGUGGCCAACAGAUUGGGUCGAACCACCAAUCAGGGUCUCCCCUUGCCCUCAGACCACCCCAGAAGGGACAUCACAGAUUGGGUGAAGUCGGAGAGGCAGGCUCAGUCGCCCAUGUCUACCCCCCAUAGUGCAGCGUCCUCCCCCAGGGCUCGCUACGAUGCUUCCCCAUCUUCCACCUCAGUGAUCGAGGGGCUGUCAGACUUUAAGCUGUGCCAGCAGCAGCAGCCAGAGAGACAGGUCAUCCAAAGAGUGCUCCAGAGGAACCCGAUCAAGCUGGAGCCCAACCCCCACGGAGUGGUGGACCUGUCGGGUCCAGGGGAGCCCGGAGUGGGGCAUGUCACAAGGCUGGUGGAUACCAGAGUGGACGACCACCACAACCACCACCAUGACAUUAUCAAACCCACCCCUCCACUAACCCAGUCCCCCCCUCUUCUGCACGACACCGCCUACCCCCAGAGCCCUAACAUACGACCCCCCUCACACACCCAACCAACUCACAGAGGGGAAUGCAGCAGCCCUCCCUGCGAUACCGCCAACCCCUCCCCCAUGAAGCCCCCGGACGUCCCCAACCGAAUGACGUCGUCAUCAUCCCCUGACCCUCCUCCCAGCCCAGACUCCUCCCAGUCUCAGAGAGAGGCCCCGCCCCUUGACUCUGACUCCACCCUCAGUGAGCUGGAGGCAGUUAAAGAGAACAGCUGCUCCAAUGGCCAGGUCCAGGGGCGGGACCAGGGCCAGGUUCCUACCCUCCCCACCAGCCAAUCAGAGGAGCCCUCGGCCGGUGGCGACUCCGAGGAUCCCCACGUCCCUGAUGAGGACCAUGCCUACGCCCUGCCCACACCCACCCUUACACCCACCAGGACGGGCGGUGCCCAUACCACCACCCCCACCACACUCCUCCUGCCCAAGCUCAGGGACAAGGGUGCUCUGCUAUGCCCACCGAGUGUGGCUGGAACUGGGGACAUGGAGCCUGCUCUGAAGAGA